UCUUCAGCUUUGUAUCACCCAUAUCAACGAAUUGAUGAGCGGCACAGUUGUGAGGCUUACUGCCUGCGUCAGAAAUACAUAUACCUUGCGGGACAUUUUGCUGCGAUGGCGAAGCGUUCGACAAGGCAGGCAAUCGAUGAUCGCCGCCAAUUCCAACCCCUCAAAAGUCAGACCAGCGCAACAAAUUCAUCCAUAGGAUGGCAAACUCCUACGAUCAUGUCCGUGACCUAUUUAGUAGCUGUAAUAUUCGCCCUCGCCCAUUACUUGUACUGUCGAGCCAUCGAUAGAAAGCUAGUCCAGGAUUCAAUUCCCCAAAGUUGGAACAGCGUUUUAUCUGUUCUUUUCGCGCAGGGCUACUCCAUCCAUCUAGCAGCAUCUGGCUCUCAAGCUUUUACACAGAUCAUGUGGUGGUACCUUCGUCGACGUAGCCUAAGCGUAUCCAAGAUUGAUGCCCUGUUUCAUUUAAACGCCAGUCCUAUCUAUCUUUGGAGAGUCGAUUUGUUAGCUAUUACGCCGGCGCUAUGGUUCUUUGCCUUGUUCUUCCCGUUGAUUGCUGUGGCUACUGCAUUUCCCCCUGCUUCGCUCGUUUUGCAACAAUUACCGAAGCAGGAUACAAGUAUGGGACAAGUUCCAAUGCUUGAUGUCAUGGAUCUGGGUAAUGGUACAUUGGAUGAUAUGUAUCGCAAUGCUAUGUUUUCAACUUCCUCUAAGGGAUUUUGGGAGACAUUGCCAAUUUACUCCAGUCUCGGUAAAAGGACAUUCCUCCAAGGAGAGAUCAUUACAAAAUCUUCUCCAUGUGGGUCGAAUUGUUCUUAUGAGUUGCAACUCGUCGGUCCGACCUUGGCCUGCAAAGACAGUUGGCCGUAUGGUGAAUGGAAAAGAGUCAGAGCCGAUGAUACGAUCGCUUAUAAUGAAACAAACGAUGAUCUCCUCCCACUUUUGUUGAGACAAACUGAAGAUGGCGAUUAUACGUACUGGGGGAUGUUCUCUUCGUUCCGCUACGAACGAUCACUAUCGGAUGAAGAACGAGAAUUAAUUCCGAUUCCAUCAAGGGAUGGGUGGAAUUCUUCUCAAUGGGAAGAGUUGGGGCUGGAAAACAGCGAUAGUUCUAAAGUCUUUGACAUAUUCUACAGGACCGACCGGUCGAAAAUGGGGCAGACGAUAGGCUGUGUGCUCGCUAAUUCUACGUACGAUGUUAAGUUUAAUUAUACGGACAAAGUUCAGACAGUCGAUGUGCGUACAUCAAGCAGGAAUACGGCAAAUCGCUACAACGAAAAUAUCCGUGAUAUAAUACAGAAUCAAACACGGGCACGUCAAGAAUUUCCGGACGAAAUAGACCGCCUCAACGAAGACUUGAGGCGCAGCUUCGGCUUAUGGCAGCUUUAUGCAAUGUUCGCAACAUUUAUGAUGAACCUCAGCGGUGCUGUAGAGAAUUUUAAUGAUAAAGCUACGACCGACGGAAUGGUCAACAGAAUCAAAACUUCACAUGGAAAUAACAAUAUUCUCGAUAGUCCGUUUGUCUCAUCUUCUUGGAACAGCUCUACCCACACAGAGAAUGAGAUCGAGUACAAUAUCUCGCCGUCUGUUAUUGAAGAGUUGAUGAUAAACUACACUAUAUCGGUGUUGAAUCACUCGAAUAAACUCAAAGAAGUCGAGAUCACCCGAAUUACAUACCAGGACGGCUGGGUCUUCAAGGCUCCAAACCAACUCCUAAUAGCUUAUUUCACAGGCCUAGCUCUGUACUUUGUAGUCAUCAGUCUCGGCUUUCUUGCUCUGAUUCAAAACGGUACACCAGCUUCUCCCGGUGGUUUCCUCGAAGUCUUGACCGCCGUGGCGGCUAGCGAACAAAAAUCGACAAUGAACAAACGCGUCCGAGCGUAUAAUGUGGGGGAACGGGCGCCUAGAGAACUCAUGGAUUACAAGAUCCGGCUCGGGGAAGUUCGCGACGAAUUUAGUGGGACAUGUAUUGCAGCGUUUGGGGCGCCGGAAGAAACGAUGCCGCUUCGAAAGCGGCCUUUUCGAGGGCUAGACGUCUCUAGGGAGUGA